AUGUCGAUCAAGUGGUUUCGCACUCUGUCUCGGGGCCCAUUCUUUGAAUCACUCCGUCAAUCACACAGGACCAAUCCAGUUAACGCUGAUUUUCUACGCUCAUCGUCGUUCAACUUCGUCAAUCCACGCCACAAUGUUAUAAGCACCACGGAUUGCGUGACGCAAAAGCUCUUAGAAACAGACAUCGCAAAAUUAAGCGACGAGGAAGUAUUGUCAUUGUUUACUACAGGAUUUUUUGGCGGGUACGCCUUUGCUUGCGAAAGGGUGAUCCUCAGAGCUGGGGGAUGGAAAUUACUCUCAGUCAAGUUUUCAAAUUUUGAAGAUGACCCGGCGGCAAUGACCAUAUGGGACUACACGAAGAUCCCAAGCAGCAAGCUCUUACCACUUGGCAGCCGCUUAUUUGGCUCCUUCAAGUUGAUAGACAAGCAUAUCUCGAAGGCUCCAGGGCUGGAGCCUAGCUACGUCGACUACGGAUUUGGCUCGGAUCAGUCUAGAUUCGCAGGAUGUCACCGAGUCCAGGUCACUCGGUCACCUCAGACCGAGAUCAAGCGUAAACGCGAGGGUGACAAGACACGCAGGGGUCUUCCACUUGGACUAAAGUACCAAUAUGAUAUUCUCGUGGUAGAUGAUAGCAAAGCAUUGAAUCCAAGAGCCAACCAGCUUUUGGCAGCUCACACCGUAUCCCCCUGUUCCGACUUCUUCACACUAACUGCAGCAUAG